AUGACUAAACGUCCAUCAGCAGGCUUUAUUGUAUUUCGUCGAUUGGAAAAAAAUCUUAUUGAAUAUUUAUUAUUACAAGCAUCUACCGGUAAACAACAUUGGACGCCACCAAAAGGUCGUUUGGAAGCUGGUGAAUCGCCAUUACAAGCAGCUGAACGUGAAACGAAAGAAGAAGCUGGUUUGGAUAAAAAUGAUUUAGAAUAUUAUAAACAAUUUCAGGAAACAAUUGCAUAUGAUUCUGAAGGACAACUAAAAAAUGUUUUUUAUUACUUGGCUAGUGUACGGAAUGUUGGCCAGAGUAUUCAGUUAUCUGAUGAACAUCAAAAUUUGUGCUGGUCAACUUUAGAGGAUGCAUGUCGCUUAGCUAAUCAUAGCGCAACGGAAAAUGUAUUAAGAAAAGCAGAUGAAUUUAUACAAAAGAAUCUAUAA